AUCCGGUUCAGUUCAAGUUCAGCCAGUAACCCAUUAGGUUACUUCUGAUACCAUACCGUCGUCCCUCUUACUUUUUUUUUCUUACUGUACUACUAAAUUUAUUGUUCUUGAUUAUUUUCAUUUCAGCCAAUGCUUGUACAAAAAAAGUACAAUUGUUUCCACCAUUGCGUCUUCUAUACCUAAUUACGUUGUAUAUCGUACAUCAAAAUGUUUUUAGUCUUUUACCGAUCCUACGGCGCUCUGUCAAUCGCCCAUUCGCUCGAGUAAGACUGGUAUGCUAAAUUCUACACUUGCAGAAAUUCCCGUCUUAUCGCAUCAUCCCCGGAACCUCAUGAUACCUUCAAAGCCGUACCUAGAUAUACCCACAUAAUCAGCAUCAGCCACCGCAACCCGCAACCGCGCGCGCCUUAAGGUUCUUUGAUGAUCCUAGCACCAAGUUCGUGUGCAACCUUGCGAAGUUGCAUGAACAAAGGAAAUCAUGGAGGAGGCGACACAGACGAUUAAACAAAUACUCAAUAAAUUACCAUACCACCAACAUUACCUCUCCCUCGACACGACGCGCCGAUAUCGACCGCAACCAGAAGACGAGAAUAGAUUAGAAGAACAGGCAUUUAGACCACUCCAAUAUUCUACAUUUGUUAGUGACGCGGACCGAGGAAUUCUCAUUACACGCGCCUAUUUCGACGUGAGGGAAGAGCCCGCGAAUCCUGCCAAUGCAAGCGACAGCCCGGCUCCCAAGAAGAGUGACCCCAAUAAACCCAAGACGAAGUUAUCCUUAAAAGACUACAAGAAUAAGAAUAAGACGAAGACCCCUGAAGGCGAAGAGCCACCCAAAUCGGCUGCGCAGCCCACGAAGGCGAAUGCGCCUGCAAAGACAUUGCCGGAUCCGGUAACAAAAGAUAUGGAGGACCAUCGCAACUCCAAGAAAGUCACUCCUGAUACGAAGCACAGCUUGAAGCCCGACGCGCGUCGCCAUCGUAGCCCUUCACCAGAUAGGAGGAAACGAGUUGCAGAUGCCGAACACGAUUCUAAGCCGGCGAAGCGGAGCAAGCUCGAGAACGCCACCCCUAAUUCUACGGGCUCACGCCAUAUGAAAGACCACACGCCACAAAAGACCGAGCGACAGGUCCCUUCUGAAAAGAAAUUAACUAAAGACCAAAAACUUACUAAUGGCAAGUCGGUACCGAGCAGUACAGGAAACAAAGGCGUGUCUCCUAGACCCGGUUCUCAGGUAAAUGGCUCCCAAAAAUCAGUCAAGAGCAAAGAUGGGGCGGACAGGAAGACAGAGAGUAAUUCCAACUCUAAGGCGGCUUAUGUACCGCCUCUGCUAUCGCCAAUUGAUAUAUCGGACUACGUGGAUGACGACCCAAAGGCACCGCGCCCCAAGAAGAAACCGACAGACUCAAGCAGCCUAAAACCUCCGCUGAAGAAAGGUCGGGAAAAUCGCGAGCCGUCCCCAAGCCCCAGGAAGCGGAAGAUCCCGCCCCUUCUAUCUCCUACACUUCCUCCGCUUGUACUUGAAGAAUUAGCCAAGGCGGAUAAGUUGACGACAAAGGAAUCCGGUCCGAAAAGCGGACAACUCUCGGAUUCUGCCAAUGGACAGAAGAAAGCGACGAAACCCUCUAAGCGCGAAGAGACGAUCCAUGUUGACAGCAACAAAGGGCAGCGGGAAUCGCUCAUGGUCACAUUGAAAUACAAAAAGCGAAAUGUGAAAACUAUAGAACGACUUUUAGCCCUUCCGGGCGGAAAGAAGGCUAGUCUAUUGAAGAAGGAGGAUAGAGCUUCGCGCGAUCGUACCGAUAGUUUGGAACCCGGCACUGCACGUAAGCGACCCGUUCCCGCGACGGAUUUUAGCGAAGCGUCCAAACGACCGAGAACCGCGGAUACCAUUCGUCCCACAACACCUCCGAGACAAUCAUCCGCAAUGACGCGCGUUGCCUCCAAUAGCUCCCAAGCAGGUACCCCAGGGGUUGCAAACGGCCUCACCCCCGCCGCACCCCCGCCCGAGCGACGUCGACCUCCCGUCGACCCCGAGAAAAUACAGAGAUUGCAAUUGAAGGCAUCGAAUUUCAUUGCGCUUGGCACCAAGUUAAAGCAUGAACGAGACGGGGUUUUGAAGAAGCCACCGGACGGGGCUUCGGAACGCGAUCGCCAAAUUGCUAUCGCGGCCGGCAUUCAGUGUCUGGUUUCAUUCCUACUCGGGUUUAAGCUGCAAAGCGAUGCCUCAGAACUAGAGCGCAAGCCUGCCUCUACCCGGUCACUGAGGGAAAUGAUGAUGCUGUUCCGAGUUACGAGAACGGAUUGCGCUAGACACCAAGGACUGACUGCGUUGGUUUGGCGUCUUCAAGCUAUCUGCCUUGUACAUAUUGGUCGCAUAAUGUGGUCAUAUCCUCUUGAUGCUGAGUUUGGUAACCAGGUACUUGCCAACUCAAAAGAUCAACAGGAGACUUGGCGAUUUGCCGAUAACGCGCGUAAAGCUCUGGGUGUGUUUGAUGGAAGCUCUAAGUCGGAUGAUGGUGGCUCAGUUGGGAAGCUAAUUGAUCGACUCGGUCCGUGGUCGACACCCGAAGAUGCUAUACCGGUAACCCUAGAAGUUUUACGCAAAGUUAUGCCGCCGAACAGUUCGUGGAGACCAGCUGACGCCUUGGCCAAGGUCGGGCAUUCUUUGACGAAUGGGGUAACUGCUUCAAGCCAAAACUAGGCUUGACGCCACCGGAGGAACACGCAUACAACGGCGGCUACCUGCAUUGAAAUGUAUAUUAUGAACAUGAUUCCUACGACAUGAUACCAUAUUUAUUACCUUUUCGACUCCCACAGCAAACAAUCCUUUCAUAUUCAUAAUUCGGAUGGUUUAGGUUGAGAACAUAGGGUCGAGGGUGACCCGGAAAUGGCAUUGCGGCGUCUCGCUGGAACGGACGGAUUAAAGGAGGGGCUCAUAUGAAAUUCCAUUUGGUCAAUACGGCCUAGGAUAAUAAAAGGCCUAAAGUCAUGAGCAGUUUUUUAGUUGAAAAAGGGGGGAGCUAGUUGAAUUAAGAGCUCCGUAUAGCACAUUACUGGAAAGCGGGAGUCUGGAAGGUGAUUUGGACUCCCCAUUGGUGUUGGCUACUUUUGUAUUUUUCCCUCAGUAACGAGCAGUCGAAUGGCUGCUAGAUGAUAUCCCGCCGGCACGGCCGAGCUAAAUGCUAAAUAGUACUUCAAA